GCCGCGCCUGACAAGAUGGUGGCCACCAGGCGGGCGGCGGCGCGGCGCAGGGAGCAGGGGGCGCGGGCCGGGGGAGGCGGCGGCGCCUCCGGCCCCGAGUCCGCCGACGCGGCGGAGAUGGAAUCCGCUGAAAUUAGUAAUCCUGUGUCUAUGAGGAUGACUAGAAGAAGAACUAAAUCAAUUCGUAAUCCAGAGGUAAUUCAGGAGUCUCAGUUUGAAGAGUUGGAACUUGGAGAAACAAAGUCAGAUGUCAGUGAUAGCUUAGAGAUACAAAUUACUAGAAAUGAGAACACAACUGUUCAUUCAGCACUGUCAGCUGCUGAACCGCAAGCUGAUGGGGAUGUGUCAGAAACAGAAUCUGUGUCUGGUCUUCAGACACCUUUGUUUGUAAGAGUAACAAGACGACGACAAAUUGUAGUUCCUUAUCAGCCAGAUUCUUCUGACAAAAAAAGACAUGACAAGACAGCUUUUCUAAAUAAGUUAAGCAGGGUUCUGGAUGAAGAUGAUGUCUCUGAAGCUGAGUCUUGUUCCUCUGCUGUUUCUGGUGUCCAGAUGCCUAAUGUUACCAGAACUACAAGAAGCAGGCAAAGCAAAAAGCAAUUGCAGCCAGAUGCAGUUCAUGAAGCCCAGAGUGAAGAUAUUUCUGAUGCAGAGUCAUGCUGCUUAAGUUCUCGUAUGGAACCAUCCAUCACUACCAAACGAAUUACUAGGAGCAUGCAAAUGAAAUCACAAGCAGAAAAUACUAAGCAGACUGAGAAAGGAAACAGAAUUGUUUCGGAAGAUGAGAACUUAAUUGAGGACACUGUUAAAUCUGAGCCUGUAAUAAUUUCUGAUUCUAAACCUGCUACAGAACUUGUCUCUGACACAGAAGAUGCUUCCUCUGUCACUGAGGAUAGUAAAGAACCCAGUUCACCUAAAAGUAAAUGUUCUUCCAAAUCUGCCAUUACAACCCAGAGUGAAGACAUGAAAGAGGUUUUGAGUGAUGUGACACCCAGCGGUCUUACAAAAAUGAAACGAAGUAACACUGAAUCGCCUGGGAAAAAAGCCAUAAAAAAUACAGAGUCUGUUGGGGUAGAUGAUUCGGAGGAAGCAUGUAGCCAAAUACAAGAAGAACACAGCAAAAUACUCGUGAGGAAGGGGAAAUUAGAGCGUGUGGAUCUUUCUUUGACGGAUUGCAUGAGUCCCAAACAAUUUUUAGAAUCCCAAGGGCAAAUAACACCAAAUGAAAGUAAAAAUAUUCCUGAAUGCAAAAGAGCAGAUGCACAGCAGUCUUUCACCCAUGCUGAUAAAUUAAGAAAGGGUGAGCAAGCUAGUGCAGUGAGCAGCCCACAAAAGGACAUAGCUGUUGCACAAAGAACUGAUAGUGUUGGUAAAUGCAGGAUGCUUGAAGUCAGUGUGGACAGUGGUGAAGACCAAACAGGAGAAUAUGCUGAAUCUGUAUCCCACAGCAGUGAAAGAUCAAGCAGUGGAAACGAUUCUGUUGCAUUGUUUCUGAGCAAAGAUGAAAGUGAUAAAUCCGAAAACAGUGAUGUGGGAGACGUUGAUACAGUUGAAGAGAAUCUGUGUUACAAAGAGGCAGAUGAGAGGACUCCUUCCCUCAACAAAUCUUUAAAAACCAGUUCACUGCAUGCUGAGGGGCUUUUUGUAAUUGAUACUGAGCCUGGCAUGAGUUCCAACCAAAAGUAUUACCUAGAUCAGGUAGACCAGAAUAGUGAUGCUGAAAGUAAGCAUGAAGGAAGUGAGAAAGGUGAAGAAUCCUCAGAUCUGAAAGAGGCUGAAGAGGAAUUGAUAGAUGAAGAUGAGAAAGAUGACGAUGAUGACUUGUUGAAAAAUAAGAUUGACAUUUUACAUCUUUCCAGCAGCAUAGACCCUGGUUUGAAUAUCAAGAAGCUUGGAGGCUUAUAUAUUAGUUUUGAUGCAAAAAACCAGAAGCCUAGAUCGAGUGUAAUUAAACAACUGAAGGAGAAAAAGAAGGACCAGCUCUUGCAGAAGAGUAUAAUAACUCCAGAUUUUGAAAAAAAGGAAUGUGUCCCACCCUUCAGGGAAUCGCUUCACCAGCUAAAGAAGCAGCGCAGGGCAGAGCGAGAGAAAACAACAGGUGACGGUUGGUUUGGUAUGAAAGCUCCAGAAAUCACAAGUGAACUGAAAAAUGAUCUUAAAGUUUUGAAGAUGAGAGCUUCGUUGGACCCUAAGCAUUUUUAUAAGAAGAAUGAUAGAGAUGGCCUACCCAAGUAUUUCCAGGUUGGAACUGUGGUUGAUUCUCCUAUAGACUUUUACCAUAGUCGAAUCCCUAAGAAACAAAGGAAGAGAACAAUUGUUGAAGAGCUGCUUGCGGAUUCUGAGUUUAGAAGAUAUAAUAAAAAGAAGUAUCAGGAGAUCAUGAGUGAAAAAGCAGCUUUUGCAGCAGGGAAGAGGAAUCGGAAGAAGAAGAAAUUUCACAAUUAAGACUUGAAGAAAAAUAACAAGCUGGAACAACUUACUUGUUAUAAAACAUUUUACAGAAUGCUUCGGUUGUGGUGUUUUUUUCUUUUUUAAGAUUGCAGGUCAUGUGCAAAUUACUGUUUAGGGAAUUUGUUGCAGUGAGAAUUUGAUAGGGAGCUUUAUCAAAUUGUCAGGUAUCUAAAUAAUUUAGAUUUUAAAAAUAAUUUUUAUUUAAAUUAAAGUUUAUGUAAAAAGAUAAUGAUAUGAAAGCUUAUUGUUAAAUCUGAGCACAAAAUCCAACUUGGAUUGUGGUCUUUUCAGGCUUCAGUUUUUAUAUCAGUGAAUUAGUGAGUUCAGUUUAAAGUUGUGUGUAAUUCACCUUGGCACCCGUUACGUACCAGAACAAAUUUUUCCAUGUCUUGUCAA